AUGAACACCAUCCAGCUAGCCCUUCUGAUCCUGCUGGCGGCGGGGGCGGCCGCCUCUUGUCCGCCCCCGCCAUCCCAAGUGCAACUCCCCAACGCCACGGCCAGCGGCUAUGUGCCCAUCGACGACAAGGGAUCACAGCUGUUCUUCCUGUUUUACGAGGCCCAGAGCAGAGCCCCCGACGACCCGAAGAGGGCCGCCAGUCGCCGCGCCCACGCCCCAAUCACGCUCUGGCUACAGGGGGGUCCCGGCUGCGCGUCCCUAUUUGGCGCCUUUUACGAGCUGGGGCCAGACCUGGUGGACGGGGAGCUGGGCCUGCAGCCCAACCCAGGGGCGUGGAACCGCAAGUCGGCGCUGCUCUUCAUCGACCAACCCGUCGGGGCGGGCUUCAGCCUGCCAGGCAAGGAGCGGUCGAUCCCCAAGGAUGAGAUGACGCUGGCGGCAGAUUUGUACUGCGGCCUGCAGGCCUUCUUCCAGCGCUACCCGGACCUGCAAGCCCACCCGCUGGUCAUAGCAGGAGAGAGCUACGCUGGCAAGUAUGUGCCCAGCAUAGGCCACUUCAUCCUGCAGCAGACGGCGGGCAAGGGGCCUCUGGCUGCGCUCUCGCGCUUGCUUCUGCUGCCUCUGCUUGCUUCUGUCAUGGCUCACGCCGACACCGCCUACUUCCAGGGCUACAUCGACCCUCACCAGCGCGUGAGGGCCAUGACCAUGCAGCUGGAGGUGGUGCAGCUGAUCGCGGCGGGGCGGUGGGAGGAGGCGCAUGGGCUGCGGUCGGGCCUGCUGGAGCACAUUCGGAGCUCGGCGGGGGCCGCCACGCUGCUGGACAUGGGCAGGUGUGUGUACGAGGACUAUGAUGCCGGGAAGCUGGUGGACUGCUACCUGAACCUGCCCGAAGUACAGGAGGCUCUGGGCGUGGCGCCGGGGCUGCGCUUUGAGUCGUGUUCUGACGAGGUGGGGGAGGCGCUGGGGCCCGAUGUGAUGAAGACUGUGAAGCACCUGGUGCCGGACCUGCUGGCGGCGUACCCAAUGCUGCUGUACCAAGGCAGGGGCCCCGGAUCCUGCAUGCGGGAUGCCCAGGAUGGAGCCGCCUCCUCCGAGGCCUGGAUCUAUGCUGUGGACUGGGAGGGCCGGGCGGCCUUCUCGGGGGCCAAGCGCCGCAUACUGCGGGCAAUGGACAUGGAAGAGGGAGAAGAGGAGGAGGAGGAGGGUCUGGCAGGGGAAGGCGCUUGGAAUGUCGGCAGCGCCGGGGCCACAGCAAGCAGCGCGGAGGAGGCCGGCGUCGGAGAUGCCCAGCUGUUGCUUGGCGGCGGCGGGGCGGCAGCGGCAGCCAGCGUGCGCCCGCAGCGGCAGCUGCAGGUCACUGCGGCCGUGGCGAGCAGCCUCGACCGUUCUAUACAGCGCUCCGGCUCGCGGCAGCAGACGGCUGAGCGGCAGCAGACUGAUGACCGGCAGCAGCGGCAGGACGGUGGCGGCCCGGCGCUGGGGCGGCGGGACGCCUCGGCGCAGCGGGUGGUUGCGUACUGGAAGCAGGGAGGCGGGCUGACACAUGUGGUGCUGACAGAGGCGGGACACAUGGUGCCUCGCGAUGCGCCGCUGGAGGCUCGCUGGGUGCUGGAGCAGUGGCUGGCGGCGGUGCUGCCGCCGCAGCCGAGCAUACCGUAG